AUGAAAUUUGGCCGGAAGAUCUCCAAUGACCUCUACAGCGAGUGGCAGCCGUUCUACAUCGACUACAACCUGCUCAAGCAGGAGUUGAAGAACAAGACGAGCAACCAUGACUGGACGGACCAGGACGAGAAGGAGUUCAGAGCCAUGCUUGCACGCGAGCUCGACAAGGUCCAUGAAUUCCAGAAGGAAAAGACUUCGGAGCUCUCGCACCGUAUUCGUGAUGCAGAAGAGCAGGUCAAAACGCUCGUCGGAACGGACCAUCUUGGCUCGCCGACAGCGAAUCGGCCAAAGCAUGCCCCGGAGGUGUACGUUGGCAAACUCCCACAACCGCCGACUGCUGCCGGAGACGAGCAGCUUGAGACGCAUGUGGUGGGGAAGCGGGUGCGAGUAGCGGAAGAGCCUAUCGCAUCAACUUCCAAUGGCCUCGACGCCGAGAGCCAAGGUGCUUCAAGGCCCAUGUAUACUCAGGAUGAUGGUUCGGAUGGAGAGGACGAGGCAGAGCACGACACCGAGUUCACGGACGGCUCUGAUGAGUCCGACUCAGACUCAGAGCUUGGUGGAAUGGACACAGACGAUUCCUUCGACUCGCUCGAGGCACGUUUUCAUGCAUUAGAAGAUGAAGUAGCUACGUUGGUGGCGGACGUUCACGACCUUGCUCUGUUCACGAAACUCAACAUAACGGGAUUCAUGAAAAUAUUGAAGAAGCACGACAAACAAACUCCCGUCCCCCUCAAAUCUACGUUCAUAAACACAUAUCUCGCAGAUCGUCCGUUUUACAAAUAUAACUGGGAUGCACUGAUCGUUAAGCUAUCCCGACUAUAUGAUCUUGUCCGAACACGAGGUCACCCGGUGGAGGGCGACGCCAUGGCUGGGGCCGGCCAAAGUGCCUUUGUACGACAAACCACCAAGUAUUGGGUCCAUCCCGAUAACCUAGUGCCUCUCAAACUAGCCAUUCUACGAAAUCUCCCCGUUCUAGUAUUCGAUCCAAAUAAGGAGUUCGAGCCCAAGGACGCAGCGAUUACUUCGAUAUACUUCGAUAAUGAGGAUUUGGAGCUGUAUCUUGGGAGGUUGGAGAAAACGGAGGGCGCUGAGGCGAUCAGGUUGCGGUGGUACGGUGAUGUGGGCGUGAAAACUAUCUUCGUGGAGCGUAAGACGCACAGAGAAGACUGGACUGGGGAGAAGUCCGUCAAGGCGCGCUUCCCGCUGAAGGAACAUCUAAUCAAUGAUUUCUUACGAGGCGAUUAUACCGUUGAACAGCUUAAGGAAGAAUGGCAGGCGUUGGUGGCUAAGGGCAAGAAGACCCAGUCUGAGGUUGAUUCUAUGGUUCAGCUCGCCAGUGAAGUACAAUAUCGAGUUGUCACUCGGGGGCUGAAACCAGUAAUGCGCACGUUCUAUAACCGAACCGCUUUCCAACUUCCCGGUGACGCCCGUGUUCGUAUAUCGCUCGACACGGAGUUAACGAUGGUGCGAGAGGAUAAUUGGGAUGGCGCCGUUCGGAGUGCUGAUAAUUGGCGACGGACGGAUAUCGGGAUCGAUUGGCCUUUUGACCAAGUAGUUGAAACGGAUAAGGAAUUGUUCAAAUACGGUGUCUUAGAAGUUAAGUUGCAGACUCAGUUUGGCCAGGAACCCCCGAAAUGGGUUACCGACCUCGUGCAAUCACAUUUGGUGGAGGCAGUACCAAAGUUUAGUAAAUUUAUCCAUGGAUGUGCUACCCUGCUGCCCCAUCGCGUUGAUCUUGUUCCGUUCUGGUUGCCUCAGAUGGACACCGACAUCCUGAAGCCCAAUACGGGCUAUCUCUCGAUCAUCGAAAGGCCCAGUCACAUAGCGUCGGGCUCUGGCUCCAAGGGUACAUCCUCGCGAACGAGCGUCGAAUCGCAAACUCCCCUUUAUACCGAGCCACUGUCCGAAGGCGAAGAAGAUGAGGAGAUCGAUCUCGCGCCCGCAAGAGACGAACACAAGCGCACUGGUCUAUCUGGCAAGGAAGUGGAGGAGGCGAUCGCGUACCGCGAGCAGAUGCUCAAGGAGCGGCGCCAGUCGCACGGGGAGGAAGCUGGCGCGAAGAAGAGCAACGGUGGUAUAGGUGUUUCCGAAGAAGUCGAAGAAAGUGACGGCGAGGGUGGCGAUGAAAGGACGCCGUUCUUGAAAGCAAGAAGGACGAGUGUGAGUGUACCAAAGCCAAGAGCGUUGUCUAUCGAUCCUCUCGCACCUUCCUCCGCAUUCGACGAGACACUCAAAGACCGUCUGCGCAUGGCGCAUCCGAGCAAUGGUGCGCCUAGGGAACCACACACCGCCGAUGAGGAUGAGGAAGAUGAGGGAGUGCCAAACGGUGAAGAUAGGUUACUCGAACGAAGAUGGAAGGCUCCGAAAGGAAAACGUAUAGCUGUUCCAGUGCGCAUAGAGCCCAAAGUCUACUUCGCCGCCGAACGGACGUUCCUUAAAUGGAUCAAUAUCUCUGUCUUCAUUGGCACAAUCGCAACAACUCUACUGAACUUCGUGCAGCCAGACGAUCCCCGCGGGUUGAUCAGUGCGGGAGUGUUCACCCUUGCUGCCCUGAUCGCCAUUGCCUACGCCGGAGGCGUCUUCGUGUAUCGAGCAAUCCGACUGAGGCAAAGGAGAGCCGAGGGGCUGUACUAUGACAAGUACGGACCUAGCUUGCUCUGUUUCGUCAUGUUUGCUGCGAUGGCCACAAACGUUGCACUGCGGCUGCCAGAGUUGUGA